AUGCAUACGGUUAUACCAUUGCUUUUAGGUCUUGUGGGGACUGUCCCCGCUCAUCCAACGCGUCAACCCGGUACAUGUGGUACCCGCGACACACCUGAUUACCAUGCGAAUACCGGUGUACUAAACCAUGUCAACCCAUUCAUUGGCACUUCCGGUCCUUCCCCGAAUAGCAAUGGUGGAAUGAUUCCCUCGGUCUCCCCUCCUUUCGGCAUGACACGAUGGACCCCGCAGACUCGGGAAAACUUCAUCUCCCAAUGUCCCUACAGCUACAGCGACCGACUUAUUCACGGGUUUCAGGCUACUCAUCAGCCGGCUAUCUGGAUGGGAGAGGCAGGUCAGGUUGUGCUGACACCCGGGAUGGGGGAAGUUCAGCCGCUGUUUGUUAACCGAGGACUGGCGUUCCAGAAGAAAGAUGAAAAGAGUACGCCUUAUGUUUACGAGGUGCUCCUUGACGCGACGCAGCUUUUGGGUCGUGACUGGAAUGCUACGGCUCAGUAUGCAAAUGAUGGGCCAGAUCCAGGCGGUGCUGGCGCAGUUCCGGAAGACGUUGAAGAGGGCUCGAAUGGUCGGACAAGAAAGCGAGCCGUGACUCAGGUGGGCAUGAGAUCGGAGUCAGAUCAUUACGACAGGUCAAUUCAGGUCGCCUUGUCUGCAGAUUCUCAUUCGAGUCAUCUCCGUUUUGACUUCGAGGAUUGCAGUGCUUCAAAAGAUGAGCAAAACUCAGAGCCUUGGGUGUUUAUUGAGGUGUCUCGUCAGAAUUGGACUGGCGAUGUUCAUAUUGACAGCGAAACACGAGAGAUAUAUGGCUAUAACACAGAAAGACAAGACUAUCUCCUUGGCCCAGAUCAUGCAUCCUCUUUCAAAGGAUAUUUCGUUUCCCAAUUCUCGGAGCCAUUUGAAGAUGCUGGCGUCACCAACGGUAACAUCACACUCCAGGGCCAAACGGAUAGGACCGGCAAGUAUACAGGAGCUUUCGUCAAGUUUGCCUCGAAUGUAACCACUGUGGAGGUUCGCACUGGCAUUUCGUAUGUCAGCGUGGAGCAGGCACGGCGGAAUUUGGAAAUCGAGAUACCGAGUAGGACCAAAUUUCAAGAUACUGUUGACAACAUCAAACAUGCUUGGCUCGAAAAGUUAGGCCGUGUGACUAUUGAAGGUGUCAACAAUACCGACUUGGAGCAUGAUCCGCUUGCGAUAUUUUAUACUGGACUUUUUCAUGCGCUGCAGUACCCGAGUGAUUUCUCUGAACCUCUCUCCGAAGAUGGCAAGUCCCGUACAUUUUAUUCUGGAUACACAGAUAGCGUCCACGUUGCGAACGAUUCUUAUUAUCAAUCUUGGUCCAUUUGGGACACCUAUCGAGCAGAGCACUCUCUAAUCACACUAUUUGCCCCAGAGCGGGUGAACAGCAUGAUGCGGACACUGCUUCGGAUUUUUGACUGGUCUGGUUGGCUACCGAUGUGGGCCAAUAUGAUCGAAACCAACAUCAUGGUUGCUACAAAUGCAGAUGUUAUCCUCGCCAACGCCUUGGAGCGCGGCUUUCAUGAUUUUGAUAUUGCUAAGGCCUGGGAUGCAGUCAAGAAAGAUGCAUAUACCCCACCGGUGCGGGAUGUGGAAACACUUUAUUAUGAUCGCGAGCCCAACACCUCCUAUGAAGUUCGAGCAGGACUCACGGCCUAUAUGAAGCAAGGAUGGGUUUCCAACGAUGGCUGGUCGGAGGCUGGAAGUCGAACUCUAGAUUAUGCAUUCGAUGAUUAUGCAUGUGCCGUUGUGGGGGAGCACGCAGGUGGAGAUAACGAAACCAUCAAUGCCCUUCGGGCUCGGAGCGGAAAUUUCGCGAAUAUCUGGAACAACGAAACCCAGUUUAUGCAGGCACGCAAUGGGAACGGGAGUUGGGCGAACAAUACUUGGGGUUGGACGGAAGGUGACGACUGGGUCUACACCUUUGAUGUUUUGCAUGACCUCGAGGGGUUGGCUCAACUUUUUGGUGGUCGGGAAGCCAUGCGUGAUCGCCUCGAUACAUAUUUCCAGGGCGGGCACAACGAUCAGACAAACGAACCCAGCCAUCAUGUUCCUUAUCUUUACUCUGUUAUUGGAUACCCAGAUCGCUCCGCCGAAACGAUUCCCGGUGUGGCAUGGGAUAACUAUAAUGCCACGAGCGCUGGUCUGAGUGGUAAUGAUGAUUUGGGCCAGACGAGUGCUUGGUACAUCUUCUCAGCUCUAGGGUUUUACCCAGUCAACCCAGCGAGUGAUGAGUAUGUUGUAUCGGCGCCAUUUUUUGAGAAGACUACCAUUCACUGGCCCGCGGAGGCUGCUACAGGUGGCCAGGCGACAGACGAACCCGACAGGACCCUUGUCAUCAGUGCCCCAGGUGCCCCUGCUAAGCCAUACAUAAAGGGCUUGAAGAUAGGCGGGAAGAAGGCCAAUUUCCCAAUACUGACCCAUGCCGAGAUUGUGAAUGCCGGAAGCAUUGAGUUUGAGAUGAGCGACACUCCCACUUCCUGGGGAACUACUCCUGUGUGGGAGAAAUGA